GUCCUAACUAUCAUACCACUCUUUACUUUCACCAAAAUCUUCCAAAAUUAGUGUUGUAAUUCAACUAUAAUACUUCUUCACCAAGUAACCUACUUCCUCUUCCUAUUUAUAGGGUUUUAUUUUUUUCCCCCUCACAAAGGAAAAUUCACAGUGAAAAUACACUAUGGUGGAACUAGAAAGAGAAGAUGUUCAAGCUGCAUUACUACUUUCUUGGUUGAAAUACACACCAGUUACUCAAGAAGAUGUAGAAAAAAUGAAGGAGAUUGAUGUUCUUGUUAAUAAUUCUAAGAGAAAAAAGCUUGCAAGAAUCAAUAAUGCAGAUGCUCAGUUAUCGAAAAAGGCGAAGAAUUUGUCAAGAAAAUCAUCUGGUUCUGCUGGAAAAGACUCAGAAGUUGUCAAGAAAACUGAAAUUCUGGAAGCCCCAGAGGCUCAGUUAUCGAAAAAGGCGAAGAAUCUGUCGAGAAAAUCAUGUGAAGUUGUGGGGGAAUUGGAUAGGAAGGUUGUAAGAAUCAAGAAAACUGAAAAUCAAGAAACCCCAGAAGCUGCAUUGUCAAAAAAAGCGAUGAAUUUGUCUUCUGGAUUGAUGAAUUUGCCAAGAGAAUCAUCUGAAGUUGCCAAGAAAAUCAAGAAAACUGAAAAUCUUGAAGCCCCAGAUGCUCGGUUAUCGAAAAAAGCGAAGAAUUUGUCUUCUGGAUUGAUGAAUUUGGCAAGAAAUUCAUCUGGUUCUGCUGGAAAAGACUCAGAGAGUGAUGAGAAAUCGAAGAAAAAUCCGGUAAGAAUCAAGAAAACUGAAAAUCAAGGAACCCCAGAAGCUGCAUUAUCGAAAAAAGCUAUGAAUUCAUAUGGAAAUUCCAAUCAGAUUCUGAAAAGGGCUCGUGUUUCGCCUUUGAAUUCGCCGGAAAAAUUUGAGUCUCUGCCAGCAUUGCCACCAAUUAAGUGUUUAAGAACCCUCAUUGGAGAAUGCAGCAAGCCAUUCAUGAAGAAUUUGACGAAAUCGGAUGUUGAUGAGCAUCAAGGGAGGUUGUUAUUGAACAAUGAGGAUGUAAAGAAGAACCUUUCGCCAAUCUUGAAGAAGAAGUUUGAGUAUCUUGUUGAUGGUAUAGAGGUGAAAACUUAUGAUCCAAUGGGUAAAUAUUACAAGAUGAGGUUCAAGACUUGGGGGAAUUACAAAAGUUAUGUGCUUUUAGGUAGUUGGAGACACUUUAUUCAACAACAUGAGUUGGAGGAAAAUGAUUGUGUUACUAUUUGGAUGUUUAAACAUAGUGUGAAUGGUGAGUUUUGUUUUGCUUUAACUUGGAAAAAAGAUGAAGACGACGAUGAUGAAGAAGAAGAAGAAGAAGCAGCUCGGGUGGUUGGUACGGAUCCCGAUGCAUUCAGGAGUGAAGAUGAAGAGGCUCAGGUGGUUGGUUCAGAUGGUUGGCACGGUUCCCGAGGCAUUCAGGAGUGAAGGAUGAAGAGGAGGAGAGGCUUUAAAACUUCUUGUUUUUAAGCUUCUUGAGGUAAAUAGAGUAGUAUAUAGUAUUGGUUUGAUUAGUUGUUGAGUUAUUAGAUUUUUGAUUAGUCUUUUAUUAAUUGAUGAUAAUGUGGGAGGGAAAGUUCAUAUCUGUGUUUGUUCUUUACCAACUCCCAAUAUAAAAAUGGAACUAUGGAAGUAAAUAGAUGUAUGCAUAGAUUGCAGUAUUUAUCUUGUUGUCUCGGAUGCC